AUGGAAGGAGAGUAUAUCGGUGAGGUAACUGUCGAUUUAAAGGAAGAUGGAAUGCGUCUGCGACGUUCAACAGACGGCGUGUCCAUUCCCGCCAAAACAAUAGAGGUCACCUUCCCUUUCAAUAACGGACAAGUGAACCUUCAUUUAAAGAGAAUGGAUGAACUGUCAGCGAAUGUUCCUGUCUUUGCUGCAAAUGACAGGGGAGAGAUAGUGCGACAGUAUAUACAGGACAAAAGUAAUGUGUUUUACUAUCAAGACAAAAACAAAUUUGCCGCUUUUUACGUCGAAACCACAGACAACGCUUUGUGCAUGUUUGGAAGUUUUGAAAACAAAUUCGACGAGUAUUUCCUAAAACCAAAAGCGAAAAAUUGUGAUCCGGAAAGUUCGGGUGUGUUUAAAAUUCUGAUGGCCAAACACACAAACAUUUCCUACUAUGAUAGCAUAUCCAUGGACAGUAGAUAUAUGCGAUAUAAAACUACCCCGCCGGGAGCCCCUGUACCUGAGGAUCUGGUGAGGCGGAAAAGAGCCGCACCUGAGUACAAGAUAGAAACGCUGCUGAUUGUAGAUUUCUCUGUGUAUGAAUACUGGUACACACAAAGUACGAAGACGAUACCUUCUGAGAAGGAUGCGGAAGCAAAAGCCAAUAUCCGCCAGUACUACGCUUGGGUCAUCAAUGGGUUGGAUGUACGAUACAAGAACAUACAGACCUCCUUAUACACAAUAUCUGUUGUCUUUGCUGGAAUCUACAUAGCAGAUAAUCCUUCAAAAUCGACUUUUACGGAAAACCACAAAGAUUCGUCAGUUCCUACACCACAAGUGGAUGCCGUGACAGUUAUUACAGACGUCACAUCCUGGGUAAACAGCAAUACUGCGGGCCUUCCUAGCCACGAUCACGCAAUGAUGUUUUCAAGGUACGACUUCACCAGGUCAGGGUCGAACGGUAUCGCUGGAUUAGCAUGGGCCUCGAGAAUGUGUACUAACCUUAGUGUGACUAUAGUGGAAGAUCAUUUCAAUUUCGACAUCAUUACAGUAGCAGCUCAUGAACUUGGACACAGCCUGAGCGCAGACCACGAUGGUACAAUGAAUGGUUGUAGCAGCUCGGACCUUUACAUAAUGGCCUCAACGUCGUCUAUAGUAGACAACACGAAUCCUUGGAAAUUCUCAACUUGCUCAACAAAUUAUUUCACAGCUUACAUUACUUUCUUAAACCGCGGAAGUAAUGGAAACUGCAUGGCGACAUUACAUGCUGGAUUUGACCCGACAGCUUUAAACCAAUACUCAAGUUUGCCGGGUCAGGUGUAUGAUCCGGAUGCUAUUUGUAAACAUGUACUGGGGCCAACAUCGUCAUUUUGCAUGUUCCCUUACGACAACAAUUACACGUCCAUAUGUACAACUUUGUGGUGUUACAAAACAGACGGAAGUGGGGGGUGCAAGUCCAUUGCUGGGGCGGAUGGUCUUCACUGCGAAAACAAAAAGUGGUGUGUGUCGGGAGUAUGUACGGACGACGACUGUGCGCCCCCUGGGGACGAAUCGUGUUUAUAUGGUGACAGAAGUGGUGAAGUUGUAAUUGUAAUUGACAACGCCCAAAAAACCUGUUCUGAUAUCGCCUAUGAGUCUCAUUUAUGCUACUACGCUAGCGUCAGGGAUAAAUGUUGUCAAACCUGCGCCAAUUUUUACACCGGAAGACAAGGUUGUGAGUAUGGUAACAAAUUCCCGGGCUGUAUCAGCGCUUAUUGUUCUAAUUUUCCAGUACAUUGUUGUGGUACUUGCUACACUGGCACAUCGGCUGUGCCUCUUACCGAACUUUAUCGGAGGAGACUUGGUAGUACAUUUAAACGAUGCCGGGUUAAAAGAGUAAGGAGUGGAAGCUUGAUUGUUGAUUAUGACGUAAUCACAAAUGACGAACCUACUUCAGCUUCGACUGUCGUGUCUGUUGCCAAAGACCUCGUUUCAGGCACGGAGAAUGUGACGUAUGACGGAAAAUCUGCACCAGUGUUGUCGGCAGCGUUUCGUGAUUCGUCAGGAACAAACGUCAAUAUAAGCAGUGCUACAACAGGCUGUGAUGUUUUGGAAUCCUCCAGCCCCUGUGGGUCAGGAUAUAAGUGUACAGAAGGCAGUUCUGGUCCAUACUGUUGCAAACUUGUGUUCGACUUCGAUAUGCAAAUGCUGGUCAUGAUUAGUGCUGUGAUUGGAUCGUUCUGUCUCCUCGUCAUUAUAACGGUGAUAUUUGUGCUACGUAUGUGUAAAAACCAAAGGAAAGGAAAAGGCGGGAGUCGAUAUGGCAUCGACAACCCCACCAUGACACCGGAUGAUUUUCUUUUUAAUGGUCGACUUCAUUAUGAGAAUGACCGUAACAUGACUUGCCUUUCUUGCGACAUAAGCAGUCCGUUUUACGGCAAACGAUGGUAUCCUGGGUACAACGAAAUGGCGGCAAAUGGCACAUGGCAACAACAACCAAUAAACAACAUGAAAUACUUAAUACCAAGGCCAAAAUACUAAAAACAUGCAACAAUUUUAUUAAUCGUGUUCAUCAUCAACGAAGUGAUAUCGAUUAAAAGUGAUUUCGUACGCAAUUUCUCAUGCAAAUGCAUAAAAAGACGAACGAAGUAUCGCAUUCUCUGAAGAGUGAAUGUGUUUUUGUUGUGCAAUAUUAUAUUCAUUUAUUGCUUCUCUAUGCAAAUCUGUUUUAUGAAGAUCUUUUUAUUGCGUGUUCAAAUAAUAUAUCAAUUUUUGAAAAUUAAAGUACUCCACGGUGUUUGAAAAAUAAUAAAGUUUUCUCUAAUUACCUAAGAAGGCCGAUUUGUUUUUUUUUUUGCAGAAAAACUACAGCAGCAAAACUCUUUAUUUUUUAAUUAUUUAAACCAACUCUAGUUUAUUUGCGAAGUUUCAAGAAAAUCGACCGUUUGGUUCUUUUUAGGGAUCAUCUCAAAGUAGAGGAACAUUUACUAUAGGAAUAUAUUAGAAACUGUCAUUUUCCGCACAUCAAAAAAGAUUUAAAAAAUACUACAAUAGCUUAUUUUCUAAAAAUGUUAUAUAUGAUUAGUUAAAUCAUUUCCUACCUUAUAUGUAAAAAAUACUAAAUUCUAUUGUCUGGUUUUUAGUGGUGGUCAUCUCAAAAUAUUAAAAUGCACCAAAUUGUGCUAUAUAUUUUGAUCAUUACGAAUGAAGAUUGAUUAAAAUGAAUUCAUUCAAUAAAUUAGGAAAUUGUUCUCAAGGAUAGUAGUAUUCUGUAUAUAAAGUUUCAACGGCGUACAAUUUUUACUGUUUUAUGUUAUUUCUUAUAACGUACUCCUAUAAAGCUUCAUUUUAUAAUAACGCCAUAAAAGCGCAAUGGUAACGCUCCUUUACCCCACAAUGGAAAAAUCGUUAUAAAAGAAAAAUUUCCUUAAAAAAUAUAAAUAAUUUUAUCUUUAUUUUAUUUAUUGUGUUGAAUUUUAUAAACAAUAUCGAAAAAAUCUCAUAAGAAGUAUAAAUCAACUGUAUUAUCCUAGAAUGCGCAAACACUUGCGCAAUGAAAACUAAAGUCGGCCUCCUUAAUGCAGGUAAAUGUAUGCAUAAAAUGUCAACAUUGUCGUAAAUGAUUAUAA